CGUUGGGGUCCUGCAGCAGCCAACCACCUUCCUGCCCCAAGUAAUCAAGCAAUGCGCCUACAGAUGGAACCAACGCCCCUCAGAUCACCAUGUUCCGUCCCCUCCACUUGACCCCCUACAUCAAAUUCAACCGCCCCUUUCUCACCUCCAAUUACUCUCCCAGCCCGAGGCUCUUUACCCUCUCCGCGCUAUCCCUCGCCAACAAAGCGUUGCCGCCCCGCCUCAAAAUCCAAGAUGCCGACGUGACUAUCUCAUACCUCAAGGGCACCGGCCCGGGAGGGCAGAAGAUUAACAAAACCAACUCGGCCGUUCAGCUCAUACACAAACCCACUGGCGUAGUGGUCAAGUCCCAAGCCACGCGAUCUCGAUCCCAGAAUGAGAAGAUUGCCCGUCAGCUUCUCGCCGAUAAGGUGGAGCAGCUGCUCCAUGGAGACCAAAGCCGCGCUGCUAUCAGGGUUGAUCGUGCAAGGAAGAAGAAGGCUAGUAAGACAAAAAAGAGCCGGCGGAAGUAUCGAGACCUUGAGGACGGCAAGGAGAGUCUGGAAGCAGAAGGGGACGAUGCACAUGAGCAGAGCCCACGUCAACUGCCCGACCGACAAAGCUUACAGCAGGAACAGAAGUAGAUGACAUCUGCUACUUAACGGUUUGUUCAUUGAUACUGGUAACAUCUUACCUAGCACGCGAGGCAUGUAGAAUCGCAAAGCUGCCUACAAGCAAAUUGAGGAAUAUAAAUAUCAUCU